AUACUGUUCAAAAAUAUUCUCCUCCUUGUCUGGAGAGAAAAAUGAGAUACGAAACCAGACUUAAAACACGAGGCAACAAAAUGCCAUUAACACUUCCGCAAUUCCUUCCAUUCCCCAAACGACAACUACAAAAUUCACAAAAUUGAACUAAACAUUCCCCAAGAAAUCCUCAUUAUCUCUAAAGCGACAACCUUUUCUCUCUCUGUUACUUUCUAUUCAUUUCUCUCUGGGAUUAAUCACUCACUAUACCCAGUAUUCGUUUCAUGUGUUAAAAGUAUAAAACUUUAGGGUUUAUGGCUCUGAUAGAGCAACAAGGAGAAGUGCAUAUGACGAGAUCGGUGCAGAUAUGGAGAGGGAUAGUAAAUUGGUUAGGGUUUUUGUUGCAGUUGUUUCUUCAGAUCCUGAGAAUAACGCCUUCCAUGGCUCAAAUGGCGCUGUCUUAUGUUGGUUUUACAUAUCCACUUCUCUCUUCUUCUUGUUGUUCUUCUUCUUCUUCUUUCAAGUCGUUGCCCGUUGUAGAAAUUCCUUUGCAAGAGUCAUCGCUAACACUACCUGCACAAAUCAGCGUCCCGGCUGACGUCAGUGAGGGCGAUGCUUGCAAUCACCGCAUGGAAAAGCUUACUGUGGUGCUUGAUUUGGAUGAAACACUAGUUUGUGCAUAUGAAACAUCUAGCUUGCCUAGCAGCAUUUGCGCUCUAGCUAUAGGAGCUGGGUUGAAGUGGUUUGAGUUGGAAUGUGUCUCUCCAGACAAGGAAUGUGAAGGAAAGACAAAAGUAAAUUAUGUGACGGUUUUCGAACGACCUGGUUUGCGAGAGUUCUUAAAACAGAUUAAUGAAUUUGCAGACCUUGUUUUGUUUACUGCUGGUCUUGAAGGUUAUGCUAGACCACUUGUUGACAGAAUAGAUGUGGAGAACCGAUUUAAACUACGGCUUUAUCGGCCUUCAACUGUUAGCACAGAAUAUAGAGAACAUGUGAAGGAUCUAUCUUGUAUAAUGAAAGAUCUCCAUCGAAUUGUAAUUGUUGAUAACAACCCAUUCAGUUUCUUGCUGCAACCAUUGAAUGGAAUACCAUGCGUUCCUUUCUCCGCUGACAAACCCAUUCAGUUUUCUUGCUGCAAUACCAUAAUGGAAUAG